CCGCGACCUUCCCAUCGCCGCUGCCGCCUUCUCGUGCCUUGCAUACAUUGCUUACCCCAACAAGGAACUGCUUGACAGGCGGCUUGAUCGCAAGGGCUUGGUCGCUCGCUCGAUUCCAUUCACAUCACCAAUCGUCUUGCUUGAUCGUCGGCCACACCCUCUCAGCCGCAGGAACACCAAGCAGCACCAAGGACGGCGAGCAAGUCAGGAAGCAAGCAAGAAGCAACCACACACAUCCCUCAACGCUCACCAGCGACGGCGGGCCUCCUACCCCCCACUAACCCACACACGCAAACAAGCAUCAUCAAGCCGGCUCCCAUCUCCCAAGCAAGAAGGGCUCUUCCUUCCACCGAGCGUGUGUGAUCGCUUGUUCAGGUGCCGCGACAGUGCCGCCGCCCCACCAAAACAAGACCUGCCAACGUCACACCUCGUGCAAGCGCUGUUCGACGUCACCACCGAGCCUACUUAAAUUCGCCUGCUCCUUUGUUUUGCCGUAAGGCACACCCCCCGAACGCGGGUGAGUUCACACCACACCUGCUGCUGCUUCGCAUCAUUUCACCCCAUACACAGGCGAGCCAAAGCAAGUGAGUGAGUGAGUGGGUGAGAGAGAGAGAGAGAGAGUGUGUGUGUGUGUGAGUGUGUGAGUGUGUGUCUGUGUGUCUGUGUGUCUGUCUGUGUGUGUGUGUCUGUGUGUCUGUGUGUCUGUGUGUGUGUGUGUGUCUCUCUCUCUCUGUGUGUGUGUGUGUGUGCAGAGGCGUUUGUGAGCCAGUAAUACGUGUGCCGUAUGUGUGCGCGUGUGAGCAAGUAAGCUGGGGUGCGAGCGAUGUAGAGGCUCUGCGUCGUGUUUGAAGGGGAUUGACGGGUCGUCAUUGUUCCUGUGUGGGACGUGCACAUGACAAGGCAAACGAUUGUGUGCUCAGUGAAGCCGUUGUCUCUCCUCUGACCUUUGCAUACCAACUACGCUUCAGCCCACACAACCCAUGCAUGCAGCAGCACGCGUCAGACACCCGCCCCUCCACAGCGAACAUUUGCAUGCACGCCAAUACCCUCCCCUCCGCAUCUUGGCUAACUUGCGUUCUUGCUUUUGUUGCUCCACUAUACAAUUAAUCCUCCAGACACCCCGUUCCUCCGGCCAGCGAUGCUCAAGGGCGAAGACCAACAACCCCAAUCUGGUAGCCCAACGUCACUGUCACAGGCGCAACAGGAGGUGUCUGCCGCUGCCACGUCCACCGCUGCCGACCGAAAACAGCAUCGCAGUGCUGUCGCUUCUCCUGACACAAACCCAACACCAGCCGCAUCUACAAUGCCAACACCAACAACCCCUGCUGCAGGUGUACACGUGUCCAGCGCAGCAGAACCGCAAUCACCAGGGCCUGGUGGGCACCAGCCACAAGAUCAACAGCUACAACAACAAGAUCAACAACAACAACAACAACAAGAUCAACAACAACAACAACAAGAUCAACAACAACAACAACAACAACAACAACAACAACAACAAGACCAGGAAGGCAACCAGGAGCAACAAAAGUCACAGGUCCCGCUGGAGGCGCAGGCGCCCCAGUCGCAGCCCUUGGCUCGGCAGCAACAGCACGCAGCGCGCACAGAAACACCCGGCAGCAAGCUGCCCACCCCGGUGCCACAGGCAGCAUCCAGCGAACAGGCACCACAGGCCAUGCAUUCCAAGCCCACUGCAGAUGCGCCCGCCGUGCACGGCCAGAACACCAGCAGUCAAGAGCAAGAAGACACCGCCAACGCUGCGGAUACAGACGCGGGCGUGACAAGCGACGCUGGUGACGCAACUGCAAACGCGAGCGACGCCGCUGCCGACGGAACUGCGCACGCGAACACCAGCGCUUUGGCCAAGCGUAUGGGCCGCCUGUGCUGCCGCUUCUGCGGCAAGACGUUCACCACCAACGCACACGUCGUGCGCCAUGAGCGUAUACACACGGGAGAGAAGCCGUACGGCUGUCCGUACUGUGAUCGGCGCUUCAAUCAACGCGGCAACCUCAAUGUCCACGUGCGCACGCACACAGGCGAGCGGCCGUACAAGUGCCGGUACUGCCAGAAGUCGUUCACCACGUCGUCGUAUCUGCGGGUGCACGAGCGCGGCCACCUGGAGCGCCUGCACGAGCUCAUGAUCUCCGCCGCCCAGCGCAUGCCGCUGCACCCUGGCGCCGCCAUCAACGCGGCCACCGUCGCGGCGUCUGGCGUCGCCCACCCCAUGCCCAUGCGCCCGCCAAGCAACGGCAAACGAAAGCGCCGCAGCCGCCGCAAGGACAAGCAGGCCGACGACGCCGAUGUCGCGGAGCCCGACAGCGGUGCUGCCGCCGGCACCGGUGCAAGCAGCCUUGCGUUUUCUCCAGAGGAAGUGCAGCGGCAAAUGCGCCUGUUUGCUCAGCAGCACGGCCAGCAGCAGAUGCAGCAACCCGUGAUGCCACAGCAGCAAAUGCAGCAACACCAGCCGAAACCAGCAGCAACAACAACAACAGCUGCACAGCAGCAGCAGCAGCAACUGCAGCCGCUGCUCGCUGCAAUGAGCCAGGCCCCGUGGACAAUGGGGCUGCCCAUGAUGUCAAUCCCUCAAGCGCUGAUGAUGGGUAUGAAUCCUUCCAUGUUUGGUAUGUCAUCUCCACAGCAGCAGCAACAACAGCAACAACAACAGCAACAGCAACAAUCCUCUCAACAAUCACCAGCGCACUCGAUGCUCUCCUUUAACCCGCAGCUUUUGCAACAACAGCAGCAGCCGCAGCAGGGCUCCCCACGCCCUGGGCCUUCAGUGCCAGCCGCCAUGCAGCCUGCCUCGACGUCGGCCCAAAUGCAGGCUGCAUCUCAACCGACAUCCUCGUCCUCAUCAAUGCCGGGGCAGCAGCAGCAUGUAGCCGCAAUGAUGGGACAGCUGCCGUUCAUGAACCCGGCUGCGUUAUCGCAACUCGCCAUGCAAUACGCACUCGCAUCGCAAGCCAGUGGUGCCACUACGCCCCAAUGGCCACAACAACAGCAGCAGCAGCAGCAGCAGCAGCAGCAGCACCCGAGACAGCCAGGGGUGUCCAAUUUUGGCGAUGCCAUUGGCGGCCAGGCGGCUCCGCAGCCAAAUGCUUACUCCUUGCAGCAACCCCAGCAGCAGCAGAAGCAACAACAACAACAAAAACAACAACAACAGCAACUGCAGCAGCAGCAGCAGCAACAACGCCCUCCUUCUCAGCAAUAA